AUGCCCGAAAAACGAAAGUUCGAGAGUGAGGUCGCGCGCUUCGAGAAGCGUCUGCGUACGACUGUCCACUCACUGAUCUGCGAUGCACUUGGCAUACCCUACGACAAGGGGGACUCGUACCCAGUACCGGCCGCAAUCGCCAUCAGACAUUUGGAGGCAGUUGCUGGGGAGGCUGGGACGGGCAAGCCACUGGUUAAGAGCCUUGAGCAGCUCAAUGGCGGGCAUUCCUGCCUUGACGUUCCCAGCUGUCCCAGGCGUACCGCUGAGGCCAGCGGCGCUGGGCCCGGCACCUUUGCCGGCGCCUGCCCAGACGCAGCCGGCAGUGCAGGACAGGAAGGGGAUCUGACGAUGGACCUCUCCGUGGCCCUCGGCGCGAUGAUCGACUUGCACGAGGAGGAGGCCCAGCUGCGCCAGCAAGCGAUGCAGUUCGAGCAGGCCUUCGAGGCUCGGGCUGAAGGGCGCCUGGUGCGCGCACUGGCAGAGCACGAGGGCGCGGUGACACACCGUGCGCGGAUCGAGGUGGAGACAUGCCGCCUGGAGGCGGCCCGUGCGCUGGAUGAGGUCACCGCCAGCGCGGACCAGCUCGCGGUGCGCGAGCGCGCUGCCUUGGAGGCCCGCCAGGCCGACUCCACACUGCAGGUCCGGCAGGAGAUGGACUCCUACGCGCUGGAGCUCCAGGCUGGCAGGCAGGACAGCGUGGAAAACCACGCGGCCACCGUCCGCGACCACUUCGAGCUGCAGUUCGCGGAGUGCGUGCGCCAGGUGGAGCAGCACGCCCACGAACACUGCCAGCUCUUCGCCGCCGGGUUGCGCGAGAGGUCGCGCGGGGAGCUCGCCGAAGCCGAGCUGGCUGCCGCGACGAGGCAUGCGAGCGACGAGCAUGUCAGCAAGGCCCUGCGCCUGGAGAUCGUGAGCUUGCGGGGCCAGGCGACUGCAGAGAGGGAUAUUGCCGUCUCCCAGUGCCGGCUGGCGGAGCAGACAGCCCUCGAGGGCGCCCGCGCCCACGCUGGCGGCGAAGGGCGGGAUCGAGUUCUUGACCUUCGGAGCCGCCUUGAGGCCGAGGAGGCCCAGUCGAUGGAUCUUCGGGCUCGCCUUCGUGCUGCUGGAGACCGCCUGGAGCAUGAGGAGUUCGAGGCGGCCGAGCUGCGUGCCACUGCCCUCUGCAUGCAAGGCCAGGUUGACGACUUCGUCCAGCGGUUCACGGAGGGCACGCAGCACGUCCUGGAGACCGAGCAGAACAUCGUCGAGAACGCGGAAGCGGUGGCGGAGCACGAGGAGUUCCUGGUCGCGCAGCUCAGGGGGGCUUCGCUCAGCCGUGCCGCUGGCCAGCCUGAAGUGGCGACCUCGGCGCCGGGCGCCCUGCGAAUGAAGUCAUCGGCCGAUCCCUUCCGGGUGCGUUCUUUGGCCCAGGGCGCAAGCGCCGCGGAGCCGUUGGGGGGUCAGCAGCGCGCCGUCCUCUGUGGCGCCCAGACGUUCCACAUCGCCCCCGACGACGACGACUCCGAGGUGGAGUCCAUCGGCGAUAAGACGGAGCGGCGGCGAACUGCGGUGAAGACGAUCGACUUGGGGAAGGCCCCUACAGGCCUGGGCUUCCAGACGUGGCUCAAUGAAUUAUAUGUCACGUGCUGCGCCGCCUCGAAUCGGGGCCGCGGGGAGACGCUUCGCAAGAUGAAGAUGUGCCGGGACGGGCGGCUGAAGCUCGGCAACGACGUCUCGGGCAGAGUUGCGCUGUGGUUCAUCCUUCGGAAGUACGACGUGGAGGCGGGGGCCAUGCAGCAGGCGAAGGCGUACGUAUGGCUGGCCGUGGAUUUCGACAUCUUCGAUCGCGCGGCCCCGGGCUCGCCGGAGAAGUCCGUCGAGUUCUUGUACAGGUGUGCGCGCACUUGCCUCUUCAGGAUUGACCGCGAGGCCAUGAGGACAUCGUUGACGAAGUCGGCCUCCGCGGCACCUGUGCUGCCAAAGGGGCCUCCCGUGGCGGGGCCAUGCUUCGGCUGGAUCCGAGGCGAGUGCAAGCGCGGUGCCGCGUGCAAGUACACGCACGACCCGAAGGCCGCGCCGAAGCAGAAGGGCGCGGACGCGGCAGCGGGCAAGGGCAAGGUGAAGGGCAGCCAGGGCAAGGACUGCAUGCUCACGCGCGGCAAGGAGGAGCCGUCGAAGGGCGACCUGGAGGCUCAGAGGCGGGCCGCGGACGGAGAGAAGCACGGUGCUGGAGGUGGUGGAGCUGGCGCUGUCCUCGGAGGCGCUCCGAAGCAGGUGAUGCUGUCGGUCGCUCGGCCGACGUGCGACGACGAGUUCGAGGAGUGGAUCUGGGACGUCGACGGCAAGAGGGACUUCUCGACGGCCCCGCCCAUUUUGAGCGCUGGCGGGGUUGUCCGGUCAGCUGAGUCCGUGGUCGCGCCGAUGCCGGAGAUCGCUGGCACGGUCGAGGCGGCCGUGCUCCCUGGCUCGCCUAACGCGCUCUCCGCUGGUAGGCGCUGCGCACUGCAAGGCUACGGCUUCUACUGGCAUCCUUGGCUUGCCAAGCCGGAGAUCCUCGCCCCCGACGGCGCCCCGAUCGAUUGCCACGCCGACGAGCACUUCGUCCCGAUCAUCUGGAGGGCGAGGCAGCGCAGAGCGAUGCUGGCCGUCGGGGGUGCCAGUGCUGGCCACGAUGGCGCUGCGGAGUUGCGCGCUGGAGACGGUGUUCCGGCACUGGGCGAUGGCGAUCUUGGUCCAGGCGUGCCUGGUGAUGUCUCUGUUGUGGACCUGGCUCGCAGGGGGGCCGGCCCGAAUUCGGAUAUUCGGGAGCUGCUGGAGGACACGACCGUCAGCCUGACGAAGGACGAGGUGGAGUACGAGGACGAGCAUUAUUGCACGCCGUACUUGGGCCCCCACUCCAUCGCCCAUCAGAUGCAGUUCGGCAGCGUUGCCUAUAAGGUCACCCCGAGGGCCUUGAUGCUGACGGACCAGGAGACGGACUUCCUGGGCGCGUCAUCUGCGAAGCACAAAAGGUCCACAGACGUGGUGCAGGCCAUCUACUUCUUCGACGACCCCGUCCUGGUCAUUCGCCGCCUCUUCUCCGAUCGCUCGGAGGAGUUCCUGGCGGCGAGCAAGGCGAUCAGGUCGAUUCGACCUUUCGCCCGCUUCGUGUCGGUCCCGCACCGCCAUGCUUCGAAGGCGGAGCGAACGAACCGGACGGCUUCGGAGGGGACUCGCGCAUCUUUGCUCCAGGCGGGGUUUCCCGAGUCGUGGUGGGCAAUCUGCAUGCUGUAUUGGGUGGCGAUGUGGAACGGGCACAUGAAGGGCCGCGACGGGCUCGCGCCCUACCGGUGCUGGCACGGCGAGGACGCCCCUUCCCGCAUGUACCCGUGGGGCGCGCUCGUGCUCGUCCACCUGCACAAGCCUAUCAGCGCAGACGACGAGACGAGCGUGGCCCCCGGGGACGAUUCGUGGAACUUAGUCGAGGCCAAGGAAGACGACGAUGACGAGGCCGGCAUCGCGGACGGCGACUGGAACGAGAACGCCGCGAUCUUCGAGGUGAAGGACACGCUCGACAACGUGAUGGCCUUGGACGGUGACUUCGACGACAACGCGGUCAAGGGCGACGUCGGCGUUGCAGUCGAUGCUCCAGCUGUUGAUUCCCCCGCUGUGGACGCGGACCGGAAGGGGGUGCUCCGGGAGAAGUGGCGGGCCGACGACCCUGUAUCUUUCGCCGCGCAAGCGCUCGUCAUGGAGCGAGUGGUGGCCCUGGAGCGCCAGGCACCAGCGACGAUCGUAGUAUUCCGGCUCAGCGUGCUCGCCGCCGCGAGGCCACUGUGGAGACUCGUGCAGCAAGCGCGAGCUCUAAUUAUGAUUGGAAUUCACGGGCAUAUGUUGCUCGAGUUAUGCUGUGCGCCUGAUUCGGAGCUGGCCGCGGCGGUGGUGGGCCACUCGAUCGCGGUCCAAGUCGCUGUGCAAGACGACCUCGCGCAGAGGACCACGAGGCGUGCUCUACAUCGACUUGUGCGUAUAUGCCAGCUGUACGACAUCAUCCUGGACGUCUGGGCGUCCAUCCCGUGCACGGCCGACUCGCCGUUGAGGCGGGCCAGCGGGCUCAUGGACGUCGAGACCGGGCGCGAGUUCAAGAUCGGUGGCGGCUUCACUUGGGAGUGGAGUUAUGGCAGUGAUCUCUGGGAUCUGGAUGCUGUGCAGGUGUUGUUCCGGAAGUGCGAGACCGCCGCGUGCACGGUCUCGGCUGCGGCCGUCAACCAUAUCAUCGAGGGGUCCGAGCAGUGCUGUGGCAAGGUCUGCACGGGCCGCGCGCGCUACGCGCCUCUCUUCGCUCAGCUCGUCUGGAGGGCGCUGCGCCCUGCCGAGCUCAAGGCGAUGCCCGCUGUCCCGGUACGCGCGGUAGGUCAAGUUCUUCCUUUGGGUAAGCCCCGGAUGCCGCUGUGGUGUGCGAUGGUCACUCGCGCUGUCUCCGUCCGCUCGGCGGAGGGCCAGGCCCAGGAGGCCAAGGCAGCGGCGGCCAAGGAGAUCGCCUCGCACACGGAGCGGGGCACGUGGGACCUGUCUCGCGUCAGGGACCUGUCCGAGUGGAUGAAGGACGAGUCGUUCGCCGAGGUGCUGGUGGGACGCGCGUUCAUCGUGCUGGGCGUGAAGUUCUCGGAGCUGGCACAGACGGAGUGGAAGUGCCGCGCCAGGGCCGUGUGCCGGGGCAACAACAUCUGGUCGAGGUCCGGCAAGACGGUGUACGAGAUUUUCGAUGAGGUCUCGAACUCGCCAUCGUCGCUGACAGCUGCAGGGACUGCGAUGGCGAUCGGUCAGCUAAAACGCAUGUCGGCCACGUACCGCGACGCCACCGAUGCCUUCUUACAAGCGCUUCUCGACAAGGAUCCGAGCAUCGUCGAUUUGGUCGAACUGCCGAGGGCGUGGCGGCCACGGGAGUGGUACGAGGAUGACGCGAUGACGGUGCCAAAGUAUCGCAGGCCGGCGGUGCCCCUGGGACGCGCUCUGCCCGGGCACCCGAAGUCGGGCAACGUUUGGGAAGACCACGCGGAGACCAUCUUAGUGCGCAUGCGCUGGCGCAAGAUCGACUCUUGGAACGGGGUUUUCGUCCACGUCGAUAUGUCGGUGCUCUGCUUGUACGUCGAUGAUUUUAUGAUGGUUGCCGCGAUCGAGCUCGCGUGGGUGCGCUGGCACGAACUGGGAGAGCACAUCCUCUUCAAGGAGGAGGCUGCGCCCUUGCUUAGGUACCUCGGCGCCAACUACAGGUUCGACGAGUACUCGGCCACGCGCCCUGGCGCCGCCCGGAGCAUGGCUGUUAGCAUGGAGGACUCUCUGCUUGCCUUGGUAAGGAAGUUUUUGGACGGCUACCCCGACGCCGCGUUGCACAAGGUGGCUUCGCCGUACCCCGCGGAGCAGCAGUGGUCUGACCCCAGUGAGGAGCCAGGCAAGUUCCAGCCCCAUGCAGCGAGCUGCGUCGCCAGCUGCUUGUUCGCGUCCCUGGUUGGUCGCCCUGACCUGUCCACUGCGAUGCGCCGGUUGACGACGAGGGUGGCGAGGUGGACAGUGCCGGACGACGUCGCGCUCGUGCGGCUUCUGUCGUACAUCCAAUCGGAGGCGUCGCAGGAGCUGGUAGGAACGCUCGCGCCGAGCGACCUGGACGGGCUCCGCCUUGAGCCCUCGACGGAUGCCGACUGGAACGGGGCCGCGUGCAGCACGAAGGGCGUCAACGGAUUGCAUUUGGAGCUUGUGGGUGAGGCCUCGGGGAACGAGUUUCCCAUCGCCUGGAGGUCGAGCGGCCGAACGGCGACGUCGAACAGCACGGCCGAGAGCGAGGUGGUCAGCCUCAGCCACGGCGUGCGCCACGUGGCCAUGCCUGUGCAGGACCUCGUUCAGGAGAUGAUCGGAGUGAGGAUUCCUUUGAUUUGUAAGGUAGACAGUUGCCAGGCUAUCGCGGCAGUGGAAAAAGGGUACUCCAAACGGCUGCGGUGCUUGCACAGAACGCACCGCAUAGCAAUUGGGUUUCUUCACGAGAUCUUUGCCGACGAGGAGCAGAAGUGCAGCGUGGAGUACACCGAGAGCAGCAAGCAAAAGGGCAACGUCUAUACCAAGGCGCUGAACCCGGCGCAGUUUCGCACGGAGUGCGAGAUGAUUGGCAUGCGCCG